AUGUCUGCCAAAGGCGACAGUGCCCACGGCUUCGAACUGCCGUCGGCAUCGGCCUCGACGUUGAUGACGGCAGCCGCUAUCGCCAACUUUUCCAAAAACCACGGCCAGCAACAGCAACAACAGCAACUAUCCGUACAUCAACGCCACGGCAGAAGCAAGAGCAAGAGCAGGACCAACGAUAAGAGAGCUUCGGUCCCGAUCUCGGCGCCCGUCACUGCUACCGCUACCGCUGCUGCUGCUUCGGCCGCCCCUCCUACCACCGCUGCCACGACCGCCACGGCCACCGCCGCCGCCGCCGCUCUCCUCCCCGCGCGACGACCGCGGCACCAGAUCACCCGCUCCAUCACCGAGUUCUCGCCGCCGCUGAGGAUGCAUCGGCACCGGCACAGUCACCACCACCACCCGACGCAGCACGCGCUGCACCUGAACGCGCAGAGCCGAAAAGAUAGGGACAGGCUCCUGCUUUUGGACGAGAGGUCGCCCGGCGGUGCUGCUGGUGUUGGUCUGGGUGGGCGGAGCUCGCUCGAUAUGACGAGGUCGGAGUAUGUGACGCCCAGCAGGAGUCCGGAUUCGAGUCGGAGGACGAGCGCGCUUGUUGGGCCGAUGAUUGGGGGCGGAGAGAAUCCUGCUGCUGCUGUUACGCCGCCUUCGAGGAGGUUGAGGAAGGUAAAUAAUGCGGCUGCGUUGGUGGAGGAGAAGGGCAGAACCGCGAACAGGGUUGCGGGCUUGAAGAACUCCCUCGUCGAGCUCAGCGGAUUUUCAACAGCGACGACCCGACGCCUAGACGAGACGUACUACUCGGUCCUCGAGAAGAAGAGCAUGCUGCAAAACACAAUCUCGGCGAUCCGCGAGCUGACGGUGGCCUCGCGGCAGAUGACGGGCGAGUUCGUCUCCGAGGCCGACGAGAUGGCGCAGGACGUGGCGGGCCAGCUCGACACCUUUGGGCAAUUCGGCGAGCAGGAGUCGCGCAUCGAACAACUACAGGGCCGGAUUGAGUCCGGGCGCACGCGGAUCGAGGGGUUGAGCGGGCGCGUCGACCUUGUUAGGCGGCGGAUCGAGGGGUGGGAGAGGGCUGAUCGGGAGUGGCAGGAGAAGACGCGCAAGAGGCUAAGGGCCGUGUGGAUCGUCACGUCGGUUGUGUUUGCGGUGCUGCUUUUGCUGUUUGUCGGCGCGCAGUAUCUCGGUGGGCCGGCGGAUCUUGAGGGCGCUGCUGGGAGGGCGUUGAAGGGGCUUGAGAGGGGGCCGAAUCGGAGCGUGGAGGGGGCGCCGAAGUUGUCGCCUUUGUGGGAGGAUAGGAGGGGGAGGGAGGAGGAAGAGGAUCGGUUGAGAGUGUUUGAUGAGCUUUGA